CAUCAUUUGAGAACUCCUUCUGCACCUAGAAAGGAAACUAGAGAAAGAGAGAGAGAGAGAGAGAGAGAGAGAGAGAGAGAAAGAAAGAAAAUGGAAUGGAAGAAGAGCUACUUAGACUUGGUACUGGUGCCAUUAGGCCUUUUUUUCACACUUAUGUACCACAUUUGGCUGUGGCACAAGGUAAGGACCCAACCACUGCAAACAAUCUUAGGCAUCAAUGCCGCUGGCCGCAGGCUCUGGGUGAAGGCCAUGAUGAAGGACAUUGACAAGAAGAGUGUCUUAGCUGUGCAGUCACUUCGAAACAUGAUCAUGGGUGCUACACUUAUGGCAACAAUGUCGAUCCUGCUCUCUUCCGGGCUUGCUGCAGUUAUAAGCAGCACGUACAGUGUGAAGAAGCCGUUGUAUGAUUCGGUGUUCGGCGCACAUGGCGAGUUCAUGGUGGCACUGAAAUAUGUGUCUCUGCUUCUCAUGUUCCUCCUUUCCUUCCUCUGCUACUCCCUCUCUAUAAGGUUUAUCAACAUAGUGAACUUCCUCAUAAACAUCCCACCACAGUACGAGACCUCAAUUGUGAGCCCAGAGUAUGUGUCUGAGCUCUUACACAGGGGAACUGUCCUGAACAUGAUGGGAAACAGGCUUUUCUAUUCUGCCUUACCGCUUUUGCUCUGGAUAUUUGGGCCUGUCUUGGUCUUCUUGUGCUCCGUAGCCAUGAUACCUGUGCUUUACAAUCUUGACAUAGUCGAUGGAGGAGGAAAGGAAGAAAAGGAGAUGAUGAAGGAAGAGAGUGAAGGAAAGAUCACCUGCUUUAACGUGUAAGAAAAGAUUGACGGUGCGAUUGGUUGGUUUUUGGAAGGAGUCAAGGGUUGGUUUGAUCAUGAACCUUGAAGCCUGAAGGCGCACCAACUACUGCAGCAAAAUGAAAGUUGUUGCCCAGGGUCACAUUUUAUUGAAAGCAAAGGAGUCUUUUAGUGGGUGCUCUGUGAUGUGUACCCAAAAGCCAUAAUGGACUCAUGUGCUUACCAUAACCUAUGAUUCUCAGAAAUAAAUGGCAGUAUAAUUCUCAGAAAUAAGCACA